AACGCUUGUUUAAUUAAAUAAAUACCCUAAUACUAAUAAUCUCGAAUAAGCCUCUUUGGGACAUGGAGUGAGGAUCGGAGAAAGCAGACAGAUGUUGGGUUGUUCAUCGGCGUUCCAAAGAGUAGCCUUUAUGCUCAUGGCUCCCAAAUUAAAAGCUCAACGACUUCAUCAAAUUGCAGAGACUGGGGCUGAGCAAUUGGUUAAGAAAGCUAGGACGAUGAGUACCGAAUCCUCAAUGAAAGAUGCUUUUUCUAAAUACGCUGAUUAUCUCAAUAACUUCAAUGAGAAGCGAGAAAGAGUGGUGAAGGCAAGUCGUGACAUCACUAUGAACAGUAAAAAAGUUAUCUUUCAGGUUCACAGACUCAGUAAAGACAACAAAGAGGAGGUUUUGGAGAAAGCAGGGAAAGAUUUAGAAGCAGUGAGAGAGCAACAUUUCUCCCGGCUAAUGAAAGAGCUUCAAGGCACUGAUUUUUGGAAGCUGAGACGAGCUUACUCCCCAGGGGUGCAGGAAUAUGUUGAAGCUGCAACGUUUUAUAAGUUCUGUUUGUCUGGGACUCUCUUUACUCUCGAUGAGAUUAACGCAACGCUUUUGCCGCUUAGUGACCCUUCUUUAGAGCCGUUGCAGAUCAAUAUCCUUGACUAUAUUCUUGGGCUUGCAGAUUUGACUGGAGAGCUAAUGAGGAUGGCGAUUGGUCGAAUAUCAGAUGGUGAAAUCGAAUUUGCGCAGCGAAUUUGCCAGUUUGUUCGACAGAUUCAUAGGGAACUGUUGCUGGUCGUGCCACAGAUGGAUGAUAGUUACGACAUGAAAUCCAAGAUGGAUGUGAUGCUUCAAAGUGUGAUCAAAAUAGAGAAUGCUUGCUUCAGCGUUCACGUGCGAGGAUCAGAGUAUAUCCCGCUGCUUGGAGAUGAUGCACCAACAUCAUACCUAUUGGGUGGUGCUGAUGUUGAAUGAUCAAAAGUGAUUUUCUUUCUUUUUUUUUUGCCGCCUCUCGGGAUGCAUUUUCGAGGAUCUUGUUAAGGUUAUGUUUUUGGGAUUUGUGGCGAGAAGUAGGAUCAUUUAGUAAAAAAGGUUUUCAGAGAAUCUGCUGAGGAACUUUAAAGGCUGUAGACUCUGAUAUGUCUCUCUGUUGCAAGACUUUUCUCAUAAAUAGAACUUUUCUUUAUUGCCAGUA